GUUUGUGCACGUGAUCAGCUGGACGGCAGCGAAUUGGACUAUUUCUGAGCGUCGGAGCGGCCAUAUUUGCUGAGGGGAACGCCAGGCUUCACAGCAAGAGACCUAGUACCGUUCUAACUCGUGAUUUUGCAGUGCAACCCACGCUAUGUCUGAUUCCCCAAACGUCACUGAAAAUAAACAGAACAGAGUUCUUACAGAAAUGGACUGGACCGAAAAAUGGGAAACCAGACAAAUUGGAUUUCAUGAAAAGGAUGUACAUCCGUUAUUUGCAGAAUUCCUGGAUGAAAUGAAAAAUGGCAGGGAGAAGCUCAACAUUUUCUUUCCUCUAUGUGGAAAAGCAGUGGAUAUGAAAUGGUUGGCCGAUAUGGGACAUAACAUCGUUGGGGUUGAUGUCGCUGAAAUAGGAUUAAAGGAAUUUUUCGAAGAGCAAAAUGUUCCCUAUGUUGAAGAAUCUGUAGCAGAGAUACCCGGGGCAAAAGUUUUCAAGAGUACUACUGGAAACAUUUCGCUGUACUGCUGUAACCUAUAUGACAUUUCUGACUCAAUCAUUGGACGGGUUGAUGGAAUAUGGGACAGAGGGGCACUGGUUGCUGUUAACCCAUGUGACAGGGAACGUUACGCCAGUCUUCUAUUAUCUUUACUAAAUAAGGAUAGCCGCUAUAUGAUUGUAGUCCUUGAAUACGAUCCAAAGUUGAUGACAGGGCCACCGUUUUAUGUCCCUGAAUCUGAUAUAGAGCGACUGUUUGGUUCUGCCUGCAAUUAUAAACUGUUGAAGAAAGUUGAUGCAAUUACUGAAAGACAGCGAAAGUGGGGACUUGACUACUUCUAUGAAAAAAUAUACCUUGUGACACCAAAAUCGCAUUCAUGAGGCAUUUUAAAUAUUUGAAGCGGAACUAAACCCAUCGAUUUAACGGUUUAAAAAAGUUACACUCCUAGAACUUUCCGGGACUGUAAUUGUCACAGUUGCAUGAACUCUCAACCAAACUGUCAAACCCUCAAAUGGCUGGUGUCAUAACUGAUCACAUAUGCAGCAUCAUGGCAGUUGAAGAUCAAUCAAAGGCCAAGAUGACCGCUUUCUUGGCUGAAAACGAUAGGAGGGUUUAGUUCUGCUUUAAGUGGGGGAAACAUUUUUAGGAUGUGUUGUGAAUGUCAAUAGAUUUCAGGUUACUACCAUUUGUAUUAUAUCUUUACUUUCCUAAUUGAUAAUUUGAUGGCUAAAUUGUAUGAUCUUCACCUCGGGUAUAAAUGUCUAAAUUGUAAAAAUGUCCGUAUUGUUUCAUUAGCAUCUAUAUUUUUCACUGUAUGUAAGCUGUUAUACUAAUAUACACUCACACAACGGAGUGAGUCAUUUGAAGACUUUCCAAACCAAUGUACUUCUACUCUUUUUAAAAGCCAAUCUUCUUAAAGUAAAUACGGUAUGUUAGAACUAUUAAAGCCCAACUCUGAGUAAAAAUGUUAUUGUUAUUACCGCACCAGCUAUGUAGGA